UUCUUCCUGUUGAGAAUAUACAAGAAUAGGAAGAAGAGGCUGACAAUGUAUGAAUUUGCUACAACAAACAAGAAUCAAGAAUGAGGUCCUCAACAUUUCGCUUUCUCGUCGUCGUUUUGGGCUUGAAGAACGAGGCGCAUGGGCUAAAAGCAAAAUUUGGAGCAGGUGACGAUAUUCCAGAUGCUUCAGAUUUGCUAGAAGAUGGAGAUUCCUCGAGGCCAUCAUGUCACGCUUGUCGAGAUUAGCAUACUGAUGAAGUAGAACAUGAUCUUCAACAAGGCCAUCAGAUCGGCGAUCAGCAUCAGAUGGAUCAUCAUAUAGGAAAUCACAAGGACGUGGAGGACCUGCAGCUACCAGGCGACCUUGGUUCAUAUAAUCCUAUUCAUCCUCAUCUCUGAAUGCAAUUGAGAAAGUACGAGCGUGCCCAAAUAUGGACAAACCUUAUCGUGUGCAGGGCCGGCCUUUGAGUCAAGUGAUAAAAUAGCCACAACCUUCCCGGGAUAGAUUUCGAAGCAUUUAGUGUUCUCCUUAUAGCAGAGAUGACGGGACUCCUUCACUUUGGUUCAUAUAUUCCGACUCAUCCUCCGAAUAUGCCGGACGAACGUAUUUGGGAGUGCCCUGAAUGCAACUUUUUUACGAAUGAGAACCAUUCCGAACACAGACACGUAAUGUGCUUCUGCUGUACCCGAAAAUGGACUACGAAUGCUGACCUCCCGGAAUGCAGGGGUGACGACAGGCCUGACGGCUUUUGUGGUCACGACAAUAAAGCGUGCGAGAAGCUAAGUAAUCACAUCCAACAGCUAGCGGUCACCGAAAACCCAGAUGGCUCUUUUUUGACUGGUAUCAAGUUCCUGCAACCGAAAAAAACUUGGUCUGAAAGUCUCGAAUCAUGCCAAAAAACUUUGUCGGAGAAUCUCAGAUCAUGCUUAGAGUUUCUGCGUUCAACAGCACACUGGUUGGACGCUACUCUACUUUCCUUUCCCAUUUAGCCUAGCUACCUUAAAAUCGCCACGUGUUGCUGUACUAGUAAUAACGACGCUUUGCUGUACUAGUAAUAACGACACUUCGCUGUACUAGUAAUCACGACGCUUUGCUGUGCUAGUAAUCACGACGCUUUGCUGCACUAGUAAUCAUGACGCUAUUAUUUUGCUGUACUAUGUAAAUGUAUAAAAAUUGUGAAUUAUUUCUUUUGUAAACCAGGAUACGCGUACCAGAAGAAGCUGCGCGAUCUUCUAUCGUGAACUGAAUUUCAGCAUUAUAUCUUAUCUAUUCUAUCGCAAUGCCUCAAUAUUGACUGAAACACCUCAUCUCCAUUAGACCACGUGAAAUAAGAGGGCGCAUGCCAUGACAUGACAAUAUAGACAAUAUUUAUAAGGAGAACGAAG